GAGAAGCUUUUGCAGAAUGAAUAAACGUUUCACUUGCAGAAAAAAAUUAUUCGGAGAAGAAGAGCUAGUUGUAUUUGCAUAAGGUUCCUUUAGCGGCAGUUUUUUCUUUCAGUGAAUCAAUUUCCUGCAGUUUGUAUUGGAGACCGGUGAUGGAAAGCAAGCAAAUUUUAGCAUACGACGACCACCCAAAGGCCUUUGGUGGUGUCCGCUUUAUUCUAUUCGGUUUUGAUUCCAUUAAUGAACACGAGGUUCGGUCGAAGCUUUUGGAAGGCGGAGGAUUUGGUGCUGUGAAUUACGAGGAUUGUAGUCAUGUUAUUGUUGACAAGCUUGUAUAUGAUGAUCCCAUUUGUGUUGCUGCUAGAAACGAUGGCAAGAUAUUGGUGACUGGUCUAUGGGUUGAUCACAGUUUUGAUCUGGGAAUACCUGUUGAUCUCCCUUCUGUCAUAUAUGCACCAGUAAAAGAUUUGAAUGGGAUCCCUGGUGCCAACUCACUGAUUAUGUGCUUAACGGGAUAUCAACGACAUGAUCGAGAAGAUAUUAUGACAAUGGUUUCCUUGAUGGGUGCAAAAUUUUCAAAACCAUUAGUGGCAACGAAGGUUACUCAUCUUAUAUGUUACAAAUUUGAGGGGGAGAAGUAUGAGCUUGCCAAGAAAAUGAAGAUAAAGUUAGUUAACCAUCGUUGGCUGGAAGAUUGUUUGAAGGCUUGGCAGAUUCUUCCUGAAGCUGACUACUGUAAGAGUGGAUUUGAGUUGGAGAUGGAGAGUGAAGCCAAGGAUUCAGAAGAUGAAACAGAAGAUGUAGCUUCUAAAACAAAUAUGCAGAGGAACAGCAUAAUAUCCCCUCGAAGCAAAUGUGCUGCAAAUAAGAGUUCUGGUGAAUCAUUGGCGAUGCUGGAAGCUUCAAGAAAAAGUUUAUCAUUAAGUGCAUCUCGAAAUUUGGCAAAUGUUAGAGACUUCAGCAUGGUCCACCCAAAUUCUGGAAAAGAUUCUGACUUUGGUAAAACAUCAUUAUCAGUCGAAGAUCACAACAAGGGUCUUGAAAUGGCUGGUGUUGGUAAUCCAAGAAGUCCUGGGAAAAUGCCUUCUGAAGUGCUGUCAAACCUUGGGGAUGAUACGGUGGUUUUGGAAAAGGUUGGACACGUCUUAGCUUCAGCAUCUGGAAGUGUUAAGAAGUCUCCUAACAAUGAGGUAUCCAAAUCCAGUGGUAAGAGUUAUUAUAGGAGCCCUCCUAUCAAGUCAGGUCUCCCAUUGAGAAUCGAGAGUAAUUCAGGUAGUCCAUCUUCCUCGAAUGUAAGCAAGCGCCAGAUUAGCGGUGGGUUCAACCUGUCCAUGGAGAGAGUUCAAGAUAGAUCAGAUGCUUUGGUAAAAACACCUAUAAAAGGAAUCUCAUCUGACGUUAACGAUGGGACAACUGCUAGCAACAAAGGGAAAGCACCUGUUUCACGUGGCAGUUCAAAAUCGCCAUUGUUGAAUCAUGAACCUAAAAGAUCAGUGGGAAGUAAAUUAGCCGUGAAGGCUAAUGAAAUGCUGGCUUCUGGAUCCUCUGUUUAUGGUUCACAUUGUCUACCUGGCGAUAAUUCUCCGAAAAUUGUUAGCUGCACCAUUAGAGAGGAAGCCUCAUGUGCUGCUAAAGAAGCUUCGAACAUUUCUGCUGCGACAAGGGACAUACAGAAGUGCAAUGAUCAUUUGCCUCAACAUUCUCCCGAAGGAUUGAAAAGCUUGUUCACAGAAAAUGUGGAUGUAGAGGAGCAUUCUUCUAGCAGGAUUGAUAUCGUAGCCAAUAAUGUUGAGAUGGUUCGGAAUGAUAUAGAAGCCAUUAAACGCUCAUCGCCGGGAACCAAUUCAGAUUUGGGGAAAAUGGAGGAUCAUGCUGAUUUGAAUGACUCAAAGAUGGGGCAAAGUGAUUCCCGGACGAAACCAGGUAAAAGAAAAAUGCUUGCCAAGAAGAAAACAUUGGGUUCCCGAACAACUACCUUUAAGGCUGCAAAGCAUAAAGGAACCACUAACCUCCAGAAAGCAGCAAUGCAGGAUGAGGGCAUAACAGAUAUUAAUGGAGCAAUAGGAAUGGAAGACAGUGGCAAUAACCUUGUUAUCGACAAGGUUGAAAAGGUUCCUCCAGCAGCCAAUGAAGAUUGCUUUCCUGGUGACGAAACAGAAGCUCCCAACCAGAGCUUGCAAAAUGAGUAUGAUGGGGAGCAUGGCAAAGAGAUAUCUGCUGAAUUUGAAGCAUCACCGUUUGGUAUAGAUGCCAUCCCUUCAAAAAGCCAAGCUGAUGGAAAAACUUUGCUAAUGGAGGAGCAGGUUGAAAAAUCUGUUGAAGAUGAAGAUGGCAAGGAAGCUGAGAAGGACGUAUGCAUUGGAGGAACUGAAUUGAUCAAAUCGAAUCCUACUGGUGAUGCUGGACAGAAAAAAUCAACGAAAGGCAAGAAACGCCCCUUGAUGAAAUCUAAGACAAAAAAGUCUAAGGAUCCUGGCUGUGAAGUGCAAGAAAGUGAACUUAAACACAAACAAGAUGAAAAUAAAGCAGCAGUCUCAGGCAAUGAAGCAGCUGUAUCAGUGAAGACUGGUAAAACAAAGAUGAGAGCACGCAAGAAAACGAAAUGCGCGGACGAUGUGGAGAAAGAAAACAAGCCUCUUAAAGAAGACAAGCAGAAAACUCUGAAGAAUGAUGCUGGAGCAUGUGAGGAAUUGGCAUCCGAACCUCAUAAAAAUGCUUCGAAAAGUGUAUCAAAAGUUAACAAACACACUGCUGGCGAUCUGCAAGCCGCGAAAAACCUCGAGAAUAAAUCAGAACCUGCAUGUUUUAUACUGAGUGGCCAUAGGCUGCAAAGAAAGGAUUUUCAAAAGCUUAUAAAGCGGCUGAAAGGAAGAGUUUGCCGUGAUUCGCACAAUUGGUCGUAUCAAGCGACACAUUUUGUUGUUCCAGAUCCAGUACGAAGAACUGAAAAAUUCUUCGCAGCUGCAGCAUCCGGAAGUUGGAUUUUGAAGACAGAUUAUUUAACAGCUAGCAGCGAGGCCGGGCGGUUUUUGCCCGAAGAACAAUUCGAAUGGCACAAGAAGUGCUUGAGCGAAGACGGCGCCAUCAAUUUAGAGGCGCCGAGGAAGUGGCGCCUGUUGAAGAAGAGAACCGGCCAUGGAGCAUUCUAUGGGAUGCGAAUUGUCAUCUAUGGUGAAUGCAUUGCCCCUCCAUUGGAUACGUUGAAGCGCGUGAUGAAGGCCGGAGACGGGACAAUAUUAGCGACGUCGCCGCCUUACACACGGUUUCUGAAGCCGGGGGGUAUCGACUUUGCGGUCGUGAGUGCGGGAAUGCCGCGGGUCGAUGUGUGGGUUCAGGAGUUCUUAAGACACGAGGUGCCCUGCGUCGUGGCUGAUUAUUUGGUCGACUACGUUUGCAAGCCCGGUUACUCUCUCGACAAGCACGUACAAUAUAAUACUCAUGCUUGGGCCGAGAAGUCGCUCGAGAACCUCAUGAUCUGCGUGGAACGAGAAGAGGACGUCGAUACCGGUGGUGGUGCCGGACAUGCGAAAGCACCGCCGCGGGAUGGCGACAUUGGCACCGAUGAAGAAGAUGACGGCGACGACGAUGAUGUAGCUUGUCGUGCAUGCGGACGCCGCGAUAGAGAAGAGGAAAUGCUAAUAUGCGGAGACGAGCGUGGCGUCGAAGGGUGUGGUGUCGCUGUGCACAUCGAUUGCCUCGAUCCUCCGCUCGAUAGUGUUCCGGCCGACGACUGGUUUUGCCGGUCGUGUGGCCGGAACAAAGGUUGAACUUGGUCUUGAACAUGGAUGGACUCAACAGGUUUCUCAGUAUUUUGUUUUGUAUUGUAUGCACCAUCAAGCGUUUCUUCUUCUUUUAACAUUUCGUAUCUUUUAACAUUUCAUACUAAAAUUAAUAUUGUUUAUUCUAUACU